UUUUUGGAGCCCAGUUCAUCUGAGGAGUGGAGCCGCUUGUCUUACGUUGACUCUCCCCAGGAUGCUUUCCAGUUUAACAAGGAAAGGAGCUUCUUGCGAACUAUGCGUCUAUACACCAUAAACAGUCUAUCGGUGAUAUGCGCUAUCACUGGGGAGUCUCUGGUCGAGCACACUGGCGGGAUACGGAUAAAGCACCGGUCUGAGAGUAUCGCGUUGGAGAGGGGCACUCAUGGAAAACG